CCCUAGUGUUAAAGGCAUGAAAUAUCUGUCCCUGUUUAUUUAUCAGUGGAAGUGUAUUACAGAUUAGUGGGAUUAACAAGAUUAAUGCUGAGAAGCAAAGGAUGGUUUACGACGAAGUUGGAAGAUUAAAGACAAGCUGACCCAACUCAUUGGGGCUCGCGAUGAGUUCACGUCCAGCCCCAUAUCCCUAUGACACCUCACUGCCUGAGAAAGAGCCUUUGAAGUUUGACGUUCAACUCAAAGGGGCCCCAGAGGAGAUAGUACAACUUGUUCAAAACAUAAAACAGGUAGGAGAACAGUUUUUGUAUCACUGGAAAACAUUCCCUAUUAUUUUACCAUCGCCAGUGAACGCCCUUGAUCCAAAUGGUCCUCUAUCUUCUUCAGGAGAUAUCCCAUACAUCACAGGAGGAGCAGGAGAAGGGAGCAGCACAUUGGGAAGACGUUGCAGUUCUCGACCUAAUUCUCUUCGUGACCUCUUUGUGACCCCAUCUUUUGAUGAGCUUGAUGCUGUGGCUAUUGAUACUUCUGGUGAACCUCGACGGCUUACAGCUAAACAACUUGAGGCUUUAAGGGAGAAGGGAGAAUUCGAGGUUCCUAGUCUAAACUUUCCUGGGCAGGUACAUCGAUGGAGGCUGUCUGGUCUUCUACAAAGAGGUGUCCUCAAUACUCAUGAAGCCUUAUUAAAUGAUCUUGCACUUGCACUAAGGUUUAUAAUUGUAACAGCAAAAGCGAGAUUGGUAUCACAUUUUUUUAGUUUGACACAAGCUUUAGCAUCUUUAAUAACUGGUUUUCUUAAGCUAUUAGAUAUAAUUUUGGGGGUUCCAAGUGUACAAGCUCACAAUUUGGAGGGUAGGUUGCGAGAAGAAAGAAGUAGAUAUCUUGUCGCAGAGUUUGUUUGCCGGUCUGACUAUGAGAAAUCUCUUGAAGUUUUGUGCAUGUUUGUACGAAGACAAUUACGAAGGGCAGCUACUGAAAAAUAUGAAGUAGAGAGAGAAGCGUCGCACCCACCCGUGCCAAUACCUUAUUUAUUUUACACUCCUAAGGGUUUUGAGGUUGACCUCCGACUUUUCGGGAAAGAAGUUAUGAGAAAAGCUUUACCUAUUUUAAUGAAUAUUUUGGAACGCGAAACUAGAGGUUGGUUUUUGCAUUUUAGAGAACGGCUUAUUUCAGAGCUUAGGCAACAAAAAAGGCCAGAUGAAGAAAUUGAAAAGGAAGUAAAUGAAGCUGUAAUGAAAGAAUAUUUAGAUCGGGUGUUUAGCAGCAUUCUUUCAUGUUCUGAAUUGAAGGAACUUGGUGAUGGUAUUCCAGAACUUUUGGUUGAACAGGCACAGGCUGUCGUGCUCAUGCACAGGGCUGUUGAAAAUAUGCAGCAAAAAUUAAUCAAAACAAAAGAAGCAUUAAAGGAAAGGUUAGAGCGCUACCAUCCAGUACGUUCCCGCAUUGGACCUUGGAUGAAGGAUAGACUUCGAAUCGCAGAGGAGGCUUUCAUCGAAGAAUGUAAAUGGAGUGCUCACGAAGAAGCAUUAACAUUAUGUAAUAAUCAACAUUUAAACCAGACUGUCUAUUUCCUACAUAGAGAUCUCACUUUUAUGAAGGAGAGGGAACCGGUAUUGAAAAAAGAGCUUUGUAAUGACAAGACACCUACUCGAGUAUUUUAUUGGCGCACUCACAUAUGGUUUCCUGGUAACUGGAUAGUGCGUCGUAGCUUUCAAGGCCAUUCAGAAAUCAUUCCUACAGUUCUUAGCUCAACAGCCACAUCUAUUACUACUCCCCGUUCAGAUCCUAGUCAGCCUGUAUUUUUAGUAGAAAAGGAGAUUGUUAGAACAACAACUACUCGUUGGCCACUUUGGAGGUGGAUUAACUACUGUCAUCGUACGUGGAGCUGGACCUGGAAUGCUAUGUUUUUCUUUGGAGUAGUGAUUCCAUGGUGUAGUCCUGUUAGUAUCCGUGCACUUCUUUGUGUGAAUCCUUUUACUCCAGAUUUAGAAUUGUCGCAAGUGAAUGGCACUUUGUUUCCUAGGCAAAGUUCAUCAACACCUACCAUGCUAUCUUCAUUGCGUGCUCUUGCAAGGCACAUUUCCAAAGCAACGACACAAUUUGAAUCAAAGCCUGAUACUGGUUUUAUAGGUAAAGGAAUGACGAGGCAGUUGAAUAAAACAUGGAACUACAUCGGUAAAGGUCUUUUUGGGACCCUUGCCAUUAUUUUAAUUUUUCCACCGUUGUGCCUUCUGACUGUUGUUCUCUCUCUGGCCAUAGCUGCUACAGCAUUUAUAUGGAUGCCUUCUGUUACCUUGGGUUUGCAGAUAGCGCUUGGUCUUAUUUGGGAUGUUGAUAGUCCAGAUAGUGAAAGAAUCAGGUACUUUGUGAUUGCUGAGGCUCUUUUGUGGGAUAUUGUUAUAAAAGGGAUGCUGCAACCAUUAGCGGCACUGUUAGUUGCUUUUGUUAUUUGUCCUGCCUUAUCCCUCAUAAUACUCACGUUUGGAGUUGUGAGAUAUUGCUUAAGGCUUAUUUGGGACUCGUUAGUUUUUCAUGCCGUUAUUAAAAAAAGGGGAAGGAUACCUGCUUCUGACAGUGUUAUUGUUAAACGAAUUGAAGGACCUGGUCUAAAUAAUAAUUAUUUUUAUCAGAUUAGGCCUGAGCAGGCCUUAGCAGCCUUUGAAGCGAAACUAGAACUGGAUGAACUUGCUGCAUUCCAACAUCAAAUGGAACAGAAAAUCUUACUACCACAAAAAGAUUUUAGUCAGUUUGUCACUGCUUGCUUUGGUCCAUUCUCUGCUUCACUUGCGAGAGUUGGUGUUUAUAAAUCAUUGGAAAGAGAAGGCCAAGAUCUUAUAUCAAGCCUUCAAGAAAAACUAGAUAAGAGAAGGCGUGAACUUCACACAGGCUUAGCUCCUAGCCUCAGGUCCAAACUUAAACUGACAACUAGGGAUUUGAAGAUUGCUAUUCAACAAGGAGCUUUGAUGCUAGAGAGAUUUUAUCCCGGACAUGUUCUUUGGAGGCUUGGGACGAGUGAACAAGAAUUUUGGGAUAGUAAAGCAUUGCCUCAAAAUGAUUGGGCCGGUCUUGCUGCUCUCCUUUAUGCAGAUAUAUUUAGCUUAGAUAUACUCAGUCCUCUCUCUGAUACUGAUACAUGUUUCAGACUAGAGGCCUCACCGCAAACUGACCUUAGUAGAUAUCGGGAACUUGUUCGAGGAGCUGGAGGAUUAGAUCUCCUGGGUCCUGUUUAUGCUCCACGAGCUAAUAUACAGAUUCAUUCACCAUUUCUUGAUGUUUCCUCUUUUAAUCCCAGACAUCGACUUAUGCAUAUAAACUCUUCAAAGUCAAGAGAAACUGGUACAGGACAUUCAACAUUGCAAACUAAUGUCGGCAACAAGCACUGGACCCUUUGGCGUCCUUGGAAGAGACCGGAACACAAUUACAGUGCUGAGAAGCUUGUCAUUCCACUGCCUAUACCCCAUCCUGCACAAAUAGCAUUAACUAUAUAUAAUAGGGAUUCUGAUAAUGCCAUUUUGAUCGAUUCAGAAAUUUGCAAACACAUACUGAGAGGUCUUGAAGAAGGUGGUGAUGAUGUGAGUGGUGUUGCCCGUUAUAGAGGAGGCGGAGGUGGAAGUUCUGAAACAUUAAGCUCUUGCAGUUCAGAAUCUAAAGUAAGCCCUGCUGAGCCUUGGGCAGACUGGAGUAAGCGGGGGACCACAGUUAGGGUUGAUCUAGCCUCACCAGAAGAUAUUACCUUGGAUUCAGAUUCCACACGAGUCGGUUUUGGAUCUGCUUAUGGCACAACUGUUUAAAAGCCAUUAUUGCUUGACAGUAAAUAUGUACAGAAAAUAUAAUUUAUAAAUUAAGUUAUUAGGAAGCAGAUGAAAGAGAACAAUAUUCACAGAAAAUAAUGUUGAAUGUUGUUAAAGAAACAAGAUGGACUUCAGCUGGAUGAUUUUCGCAUAAUGUGUAAAUUUGUAAAUGAAUUGCUAAUCACUUUUUUAGCAAUACUAAUGGUCUCUCUGUUAAACAUAGUGUUUUUCUUUUGAAAUUCUAUAUUUCUGACAAAUAUGCUAUUUUAUUGACUAUAAUUAGUCCGAUACAAUUCAAAUUACUUGCUUAUUUGUUUUAAUUUAUUAUAUGUUUUUUUUUUAAUUUAAUAUUUUCUAUUUACUUAUAUACUUUGUAAAUAUAACUUAGGAUGUCCAUACUGAUUUGUUUUAUGUCAUUUAGGAUUAAUCAUAUGUAAUAAUCUUGUGAUUCUUUUCUAGAAUGUUUUCGUAAUCUUUGAUUUAUGUGAUAUUUAAUUUGAAUGAUACAUUUUUUAUUAAUAUACUUAAAACCAAAAAAGGUUAAGCUAUGGUAUUAUCAAAAUAUGUAACUAAAUCUUAAAGUCGAAUAUACAGAAUAAGCAUGCCCUCUCCCUGUUUUGCUCAGAUAUGAACAAGACUAAUCGAAUUGAUCCAUAUGUCUCAGCCUGAUCUUAGAGCUGUUGGUCCAUCAAAGUGAGCUCCUGCUUGAUUUGUGCUCAGUGUGUAUGUAGAGGAGAGGGGUGAUGACGAGAGAGACCAAACUGUAUGAGCCUACAGCCUCAUGUUUCUUCUGGUCAGUCAAUCCUUUCAUGUUGACUCAUACUUAUGUUUGAUCAAAACAACCAUUGGCUUGUUGGAAACUUUAAACAAGUGCUCCAAACUCAAAUAGGAGUCCUCUGUAGCCAGAAAUCAUAAUAUCACAUCAAGAUGUUCGGCUGAUAGGACUUUUAUAAAUGUUGUAUUUUAUUUCCCAAUUGUAGCCCUAACAUUAUUCAGUAUAAAUAGGAAAGCUUUAUGUGAGGUUCUCAUAAAAAAUUUUGAAGUUGCCUGUUUCAUGUCCAAAUGUUUUUAAAUAUUAAAUCAUUGCAACUCUCUUUACAAUUUUACUUCUACCACUUUCUCCUUUUCUUUUCCAAGUAUUGCAAUAAAUGUAUAAGUAACAAAAAAAAAACAGGGAUGAUCAAUUUUCAAUUGUUCAUUGCAGGCAAACACGAUAUUUUUAGCACAAGUCAGGCAAGACCUAAUAGAUUACAUCUACUAAAUAUCAUAAACUGGGUUCCGUGCUCAGUCCACAUGAGCUCAGACCCAGUGGCUCAUUGCUCAUUCUGGGUGUUAUUGUGCGCCCUCCUACUCUUGUCACACACAUUCAUUUGAGGGAACUACUGAAGUAUAAAUAUGGCUUAACAGUCUUGAAAAUUUGGUAACUUGGAAGUAAUAAUUUUUUAUUCUUUUUUUUUCAUAAUAAUCAGAGAUUAAACUUUUUACAGUAAAAAAUAAGUGAAUAUAGUUCAGCAAAAAGUUACAACAUAAUUAAUGAAAUAGUUCAAAUGUAAAAUUUUUCAUGUUAUAUUAUGACUAAUAUUCCCUUAUAAUUAAAUAUAAAAUAAUCUUUUUCCAGUAUUAUAAUAAAUAAUGAUUUGGUAAGAUAUGGAAGAACUCCUUUUUUUACC